AUGAGCGGAUUUCGGUUCCUCAAUCUCGUCCGGCCAUUCCUUCCGAUUCUGCCAGAAGUCGCGUCUCCAGACCGCACGGUUCCUUUCCAGCAAAAGAUACUAUGGACCUCUGUGACGCUCCUCAUCUUCUUGGUUUGCUCCCAAGUGCCCUUGUAUGGUAUCAUGUCGUCCGACUCGUCCGACCCGCUCUACUGGAUGCGGGUCAUCCUUGCCUCUAACCGAGGAACUCUUAUGGAGCUUGGUAUCACCCCAAUCAUCACUUCUGGCAUGAUAAUGCAGUUGUUGGCUGGCGCGAACCUCGUUGACGUGGACUUCAGUCUGAAGGAGGACCGAGCACUUUUUGGUGGUGCUCAAAAACUCUUUGCCCUCAUCAUCGCCCUCGGCCAAGGAAUCGUCUACGUCAUGUCGGGCCUUUAUGGCCAGCCCAGCGAGCUCGGCGCUGGCGUGUGUCUCCUGCUCAUCGUCCAACUUGUUGCGGCGGCCAUGAUUGUUAUUCUUCUGGAUGAGCUCCUCCAAAAGGGUUAUGGUCUUGGAUCUGGAAUCUCGCUUUUCAUUGCGACCAACAUUUGCGAGUCGAUUGUUUGGAAGGCCUUUUCCCCUACGACUGUCAACACCGGUCGUGGACCCGAGUUCGAAGGCGCUAUUGUCGCUCUUUUCCAUCUCCUCUUCACCUGGAAUGACAAGGCACGCGCUCUCCGCGAAGCCUUCUGGCGGGACCGUCUCCCCAAUGUCAUGAACCUCGUCGCAACCGCCGUUAUUUUCGGCGCCGUCAUUUACCUCCAAGGCUUCCGUAUCGAAAUCCCGGUCAAGAGCAACCGCUUUAGAGGCCAACGUGGAUCGUACCCCAUCAAGCUCUUCUAUACCUCCAACAUGCCUAUCAUGCUGGAAUCUGCGCUCACGUCCAACGUAUUCAUUCUCUCUCAAAUGCUCGCAAACCGCUACCCCAGCAACCUCUUCGUCAGGCUGCUCGGCGUCUGGGAGCCGAUGGAGGAUUCUCAACAGCUUGUGGCCACUUCCGGAAUCUCCUACUACAUGUCACCUCCGCAUACUCUGAAAGAGGCCCUGGUCGACCCGAUCCAUACGGUUAUCUACAUCAUCUUCAUGCUGUCUGCAUGCGCAUUAUUCUCAAAGACCUGGAUUGAGGUUUCCGGUUCAGGCCCACGCGACAUCGCCAAGCAAUUGAAGGACCAGCAAAUGGUUAUGGCCGGACAUCGCGAAGGUUCAAUGUACAAGGAACUGAAGCGUAUCAUCCCGACUGCUGCAGCUCUUGGUGGCGCCAUUCUUGGACUGCUCUCCGUCGUUGCGGAUCUGAUGGGUGCCAUUGGCAGUGGAACUGGUAUUCUUAUGGCUGUUACUACCAUUUACAGCUACUGGGAAAUUGGUAUCCGUGAAUCUGGUGGCCCUGAGAUGGCUGCAUUCGGGGAUCUUCUUUGA